CAUGGAGAAUAACGAAACUGGCGCUAAGGAUGCGAAGAGCACCUCGGAUGAAGAUGACAGCGGAGACAUAGUUCAACAGAAAACUCAGGAAGAAAUUCUCUUUCACGAGGAAACCAUUGAUCUUGGUGGAGAUGAAUUUGAGUCGGAAGGGAAUGAAACUGUAUCAGAAGAUUCAAAUAAUUUUGUAGAUAAACUUAAUGAACAAAUGAUGGAAAGUGUCAUUAUUUCAGAUUCACCAAACAACAGUGAAGAUGACACUGGUGAACUUGGUUGUCUCCAGGAGAUUGUAGAACAAAUGGAAGCUAAAGAUAAUCAAAAAACACAAGCAGAAGGGGAUAAAGAAGAGUUUUUAAGUAAUGAGAGUGAAACUGAACAUGAAGAAACACCCAAAGACAUUUCUGAGAUUGGAACAGAUGAUCAGGCAUCUUUAAAGGAAGAAUUAAUUCAGGAAGCAGUGAAGGAGGAACCAAAGUUGGGAAACAAUAUUCCUGUUGAAACAAAACCAAAUAAUAUUGAUGAAAGCAAACCUGAGGACCAGAUAUCGUCACCCAGUACUAGCAGACCCUCUUCAGAGGUUGAGCCUAUUCCUGUGUGUACCAUCUUCAGCCAAGCAAACAAUGUUAAUACCCAGCCACAGUUGUUCCUACCUGAUGGUUUUGAGCCUCAGAUGGUAAAAUCUCCCAGUUUUAGUAGUAUAAUUGAGACUCCAGUGAAAUCGAAUCCACAGGUGGUUCAACCAAGUCCUAGUCUAAGCAAGUUCUUUGGCGAUACUGUUAACACUAAUACUUUAGCUUCUGAUUUUUUCGAUUCAUUUACCACAUCCAAUUUUAUUUCUAUUAGUAAUCCCAAUGCAAAUUCUUCAGUUCCAGAACAAAUGUCCUCUCUUUCUAAUGGUGGAGACAGUUCUUGUUCUUCAUCUAACCCUACUUUCUCUGUGCGAAAUGGGAGACCUGAAGCAGGUGGUCCUCCAUCAUCUCUAGAAAUAACUCAAUCCCCCAAGCCGUUCUCACAAAUCCAGGCUGUUUUUGCUGGGAGUGAUGACCCGUUUGCCACAGCCUUAAAUAUGAGUGAACUAGAUAGAAGAAAUGAUGCUUGGCUUCCUAGUGAGGAAACCAGAGAUGUUCUCAUUUCAGUUGCCACACAACAAUACAGCACUGUGUUCAUAGAUAAAGAAAAUCUCACCAUGCCUGGAUUAAAAUUUGAUAAUAUCCAGGGAGAUGCAGUAAAAGACUUAAUGCUUCGCUUCCUGGGGGAGCAAGCUGCGGUGAAGAGACAAGUUUUAAACGCCAACUCUGUGGAACAGUCAUUUGUAGGCUUGAAACAGCUAAUUAGCAGUAAAAACUGGAGGGCAGCAGUUGACUUGUGUGGGCGUCUUCUAACUGCACAUGGUCAAGGCUAUAAAAAAAGUGGACUACCUACUAACCAUACAACAGAUUCUUUACAGUUGUGGUUUGUGAGACUAGCAUUGCUGGUAAAACUGAAUCUAUUCCAAAAUGCAGAAAUGGAGUUUGAACCAUUUGGAAAUUUAGACCAGCCUGAUCUUUAUUAUGAAUAUUACCCUCAUGUGUACCCUGGACGGAAAGGUAAGAUACUUGAUUUAUAA